CCGCUUUUCAUUCUGUGCCCAACCGCCGUUGGGUUCCGUUCUUGUUCUGGGCCCAGGGGUUCCGUUAUAAAAGACGCGUGCCGCUCCAAACCGAUGGAGUUCGAUUCGAGACCGCAAAGGUUCAGUGUCCUGCCUGGCACUCUCUUUUAAAAAUAAUAAACAAAAAAGUUCUCAGUGCACUUUAAGUGAUAAUAGCCCAUGAACAAAGUGUUUGUUUUUCAAUAUAUUUUUGACGAAAGUAAACCGUAAAAAAAAAUGCAUUUUAUCACCCUCACCCUAAUAGUCCUCUGCUCUGUGGCCCUCAGCUGGGCCAACGAAUGGGGCUACCCGGACUUGGACAACAAUCAGGAUGAGCCCUUUCCAAAAUGGGGCGGUCUUUGCGAUACUGGAAAGAAGCAGAGCCCCAUAAAUCUGCAUGUCAAGGGGGCCUUGAAGGGCCUGUUUAGUCCUAUGAAGUUUGAGAACUACGACGAGCAUCAGAAAAAUCUGCGAAUGGUCAACAAUGGACAUUCAAUUCAACUAUCUGGCUUCGAUCACGAACUGACCCUGAGUGGGGGCGCCUUGACCGAUGACUUUGUGGUGGAGCAGAUCCACAUGCACUGGUGGUCGGAGCACACCAUCAACGACAUCCGGUAUCCGCUGGAAGUGCACAUCGUGCACCGGAACACCAUUUACCCCAACAUGACGAUGGCGGCCAACUUCAAAGAUGGCAUUGUGGUCAUCGGAGUGCUGUUCCAUGUGUCCAACACACCCAACGAGGCCAUCGGCAGCAUCAUCAAGAGUCUGGGAGCCGUGAAAAGCUACGAUAGCAUGAACAAGCCUGUCCUGGUGGCAGAUUCCCUCGCUGUGGAUGACCUAGUGCCCAGUGUGGAAAGCUACUUCACCUACGCCGGCUCCUUGACCACACCGACCUGCGCCGAGGCCGUCACCUGGAUUGUACUCACCGAGACCUUCCCCGUGACCCUGGAGCAGGUCGAUGAGUUCAAGGAGAUCGAGUACGCGGAGGGCAAGCAGCUGCACAACAACUUCCGGGAGCUCCAGAGCGAGAACAAUCGAGCUGUGGUAUUCGUGGAGCAGCCAGAGGAUCGAUCGGGAGCCGCUGGACUCACGGCAUCCGUAUCCCUGACCCUAAUGCUCAUUCUGGCGGGCCAGAAGUUCCUGCUAUAGAUUUAAGAUGGAUAUCUGUGCGUAUCCCGCAGAGAGAGAGAGCAGCCAAUGACAUACUCGUACCAAAGAAUCGUUUAAUGCAACGAAUUUGUUUACCAACUAUAUUUUAACAAUCCAACAACCGGCGACACAGGAGAGCUACGUCUCAGACCAGACAAUUUAUACUCAUUAAUUGUAAUGCAGAACAGAACAAGAAUUCAGCUAGUCAAUUUGUGUGAAGUUCAUUAAGUGCAAAGAUCACAGAUAAUAAAUUAAACAUUUUACAAGUA